AUGGGACCAGAGCCUGCUCGUGUCUCCCUGGGCUGCACCUCCCUCUCGAGAGGAUGCUUUAUCCAGACACAGAGCAAAGUUAGUAGCUAUGAAGGAUGCGUCACACAGAUUUAUUUUCUCACAUUCUUUGCAGUGUUGGACAUCUUUUGCCUGACACUGAUGGCCUGUGACCAUCUGGCCAUCUGUCACCCCCUGCACUGCACAGUCAUCAUGAACCGCUGGUACUGUGGACCGCUGGUACUGAUGUCCUGGAUCAUGAGUGUCCUGAAUUCCUUGUUACAAAGCUUAACAACAUUACGACUGUCCUUCUGCACAAACGUUGAAAUCCCCCACUUUUUCUGUGAACUCAGUCAGAUGAUCCAACUUGGCUGUUCUGACACCCUUCUUAAUAACAUAGUGAUGCAUUUUGCAGCCGUCCUGCUGGGUGGCGGUCCUGUUUUUGGUAUUUUUUGUUCAUAUUCCAAAAUAAUUUCCUCCAUACGUGGAAUUUCAUCAGCUCAGGGGAAGUAUAAAGCAUUUUCCACCUGUGCAAAAAAACCCCAAACCAAAACAAAAGACAAGAUGUUCUGA